AUGCCUGAAAAUGCCUUUAAAAGCUACCUCAAGAACCUUGGAUAUGUGUACUUUGGGAACAUGGGUGAAAAUGGAGAUGUGCCCCUAAAAGUUGCUUUGAUAAAAUGUUCUGAAGGUUCUUCUGCUCCAGAUGGCUCGCUGGUCACUGUUAAGAAUGCCGUAGUGGAACUGAGACCCAAAGCUGUUUUCUCUGUUGGCUGCUGCGGUGGGUUGAACCCAGAAGUCACCAAGUUACAGCUAGGUGACGUGGUUGUUUCCUCUAGGCUUUUAACUGAAGCCUUCAAAACCCCAGUGAGUAGAGAUAUCUUGCACCUUGUCAGGCAUGCAGAUUAUGGCUGGAUUCCUCCAUUAAAAUGUCCAGAAGAUCAUAAAGUUCAGGUCUGCUGUGAUGGGGAGAUUUUAAGUGGCGUAAACCCAGUCAGUGCUAAACAGCAAAACAUGUCUUAUUUUACUCAAGCUACUGCAGUUGAAAUCGGUGGUGAAGGUAAGACAUUAAGAAAAAGAAGUCAUUUAUCAGGGAAUAAAUUUUAUUCCGUGAUAAAUGACUUCUUUUCUCUCUUGUUUUGUUUUCUUACAAGAGGCAUGGUGGCCUAGUGGUGAAUAUUGCAAACUUCACAGGGGUAAAGCAUGACCAUUUUGACAAGUACGCACACAGGUCUAUAUGUUUUUAAAAACGUCGUACAAAGUAACGUUUUUGCUUUCCUUUAAUACAUAAUUGGCAGUUUACAGACUUGUUUACAAUAGAACAUGAUAUCAAAAAAAGCUUUUAAAACGUUCUUUUUUGAGCUGGUACAGGAAUGAUGUUAACCAGAAGAAGGCGAGGCGCCUUUUUUGUGGGCAGAAAUUUUAUAAUCAAGUUUAAAAGCAUCAGUUCGAAGAAUUGUGGCAAUGUGCAUGUUCAUGUAAAUUUUCCGCAUGCUUUCCUUUGCUGACUUUUAUGUUUUUCUCUUUAAUUCCCUUAUUUCGAUCAUGAGCACGGGAAAGGAACACACAAUAAGUGAUAGUCAGCAUUUAUAUAUUUUCAGUUGUACUGAAUAUCUGUAAAGUUUGUCAUUGAAAACAUACUACAUAUGUUCGCUAGGAGUGAACUUCCUGCAAAAUUCUUCUUGAUACUGGGCCAAGUAGAAAAUGUGUACCUAAUAGUUUGAUUCAGCUUACGUAGAUUAUUGUCGACAUGGUGUGGUCCAUGAUUUUCCAGUUGAGGGACAUUAAAGUAGUCUUUGAUGAUAGACUUUUUCGACUUUUAUGGAGAGGGAGAGAAACUAAAAAAUAAAAACCUUUUGAAUGCAAAAACGUUCCAGAUAAAUCUUAAAAGGAAUGACGAUCAGUCAGGGUCAAUUCUUUUCCAAUUUUCAUGAAUACGCGGCGUAUUGUACGGGAUCUUGGUCCUCUUCUCAAACGGUUGUAUUUUAUGUGCAAAAACAAUGCUGACUAACAGCGAGACAGGCAGCAACAAAUCUGCACAAUUUAAAGUCAAGUCACAACACUACAAAUGUCUUUACUUAUAACAGAAAAUCUUCUCUUAAUUUCUCAAGUACACACGUUUGCAUUUGCGUUAAGCACGCUACGCCCCUGCUUCAGAUCUGGAGGUCCAGGUUUGGGGUCUUGCUGUUGUGCUGUUUUUAUUAUUGUAAAACAAACUUUGCUUCACUUUGUCCCUGACCUUCACCAAUUAAGGUGUAUAAAGAGGCGCUGGUUAUUACUUCUUGUGAUCCUGUUUUCAGUCUGAUCCGUUGAGAUCAGUUCUAGGUUUGGACAAUGAUGUUUACAGCUACAUGUAUUUCAAGAAAGGUUGGCGGAGAAAAUGUGCACGUUUGACAGUCCUGAAAGGUAGCACGGGAUAUGAUCAAAUUAUACACUGUUCCUGACAACAGUAGCUGUUGAACCUACUUUUGUUGCUUUCCUUUAGCACUCGCAAACAUGUUAUGUCCAUGGCCUCUUGUGCCAUUCUUUCAAAUUUCUUUGAAGAACAUGUACAGUGAACUCAAAGCCACCCACAUAUACCUUUCGGGAUUGUCGCGUGCACUUUUUGUGACAAUCUUUCUCAAAAUAGCUGAUAUUUAUUAAAUUUGCUGCAUUUUUCUAUACUGAAUUAUGCAUAAACGAUUGAAUGGAGGACAGCAUUUUAAGUAAUGUUUUCCUUUGGAUAAAAUACAGAAGGAAAGUUAAAUUCUGCUAAGAUCUUAUUUAUUUGUCCUGUUUUGUAUUAUUUUAUUUAUGCUGUUUAUAGCUGCCUUUUAAAAUCACUAUUAUCAUUUUCUGCCUGCCCAUUUGCAGGGUAAAUAAUUCUGUUUAUGUUGUCACAUCUUGAUCAGCCCUGGCUGUGACGCUUACUUAAGGGGAUCUAUUUGCAUAAAUUGAUCUCUCUUUGUAUUGAAAUUUAAUUUUUAAUCAUUUUUUGUUGUUUUUUCCAGGCCUGUUUGCUGCAGCACAUGAUCUUAAGAUUGAAUGGGUGAUUGUAAAAGGUAUUUCUCACUUUGCCGAUGGUAACAACCCUGCUGAAAAGUCUUGGGAGAGUCAUGCAUGCAUAAUGGCGGCUUCUCUUGUGUCCAACAUGUUGAAGGAUUCAUUUGUGUUUCAGCAAUGGCCUCAUUAUGAAGGUAGGUGACAUGUCCUUUAAUUAAACCAUAUCAUAAUUAAUUUUUCGUGCAGUAGAAGUGUUUAUGGUUAAGUACUGAGGUUGAUUUAAAAAUACUCAGCCUUAACUUUCAAACCUAAUUAUUAAUCACAAUAAACUUGAAAAAGGAUAGAGUUCAACGUUUUCUUUGUCAACUCACAACUGUUGGAAACUAUAACAUAGGUAAAAGAAAAAUUAUGGGAAAAAUGUGAAGAAAUUGGUCGGGAGGACAGGAGGGAGAUGUUUCCUGAUAAAAUCGACCGGCUGCUCAUCAUACUAUCUUAGGCAGUAAGAUUUCUGGGUUGCUACUCGGCAAGUGCAUACUUAGCGACCUUAAGUCUAAACUGACCCUUGUUUAAUUAGAACUUCAGUGGUAUCUGUUAGGGGCCUGUAAGGUUGGGUGGGAAUUAUUUUGUUACUCAAGUAAUUUUUGGUACCUCUUAGGUAUUAAAAUUAAUUUCCUACACGCCCACAAAGCUAGAUUCUGUUACUUUCUAGGGGUUCUUUUGGAUAUUUUUUUCUACAAAACCCCUGUUUUUGUUUUGUUUCGUUUUGUGUGUUUGUUUGUUUCUGUUGUUGUUGUUUUUUAAGCUCCCCAUUUAUAUCUAUAGAGGGGUAUCUCCUCCUUUUGGUAUCUCCCAGGGGUUAAAGUGAAUUUCUGCCAUGCCGACAAAGUAAGAUUCUGCUACCCUCUAGGGAUGAUUUUUAUUAUUAUUUAUUUAUUUUAUUUUUUUUUUUACAAGCACCCCUGUUAUCUUUAAUUUCUUUUUUUGUAAAGCAGUUCUGUUAUUUUUAAAGGGGAGUAUCUCCUUCUCCUUUUGGUACCUUUUGUAGAGCUUAAAAUGAAUUUCUUCCAUGCCCACAAAGCAAGAUUCUUGUACCUUCUAGGGAUACUUUUUGAAUUUUUUAUUUCAGUAGCACCUCAGUCGUUUAAUAGGGUAGUAUCUCCUUCUCCCCCACCUUCCCCCAUCAUGCCCUGAGGACACUAGCAACCAACUUUAGAGGGAUUUCACUCAGGGCCAACAGGCAUGGAUCUCCCCUGGCUGCUAUGAGCAUGACCCUUGGUUACUUUCAUAGGAAAUAAUACGAAAAUAGGACCGAAAGAAUUUCCAGGAUGUUCUAUUCCCUACUUGGCAACUUGAAACCAUAGUGGCAGCCCUGAACCCUAACCAGUAAGCUCUCUGCAUUGCAGGUUUUAUUUUCUGAUUUGAGAUCAUUCUAGAACUCUACCCUUUGGUUGGUUGAUAGCUAUGGUUUUGGAAGGGCCGGGAAACUUAUCGUAAAAUUCCAAAAAUAAGCCCCUCCAUGUAUAAGCCCCUCCAAAUAUAAGCCCUCCAAACCAGUAACGCAAAAAACCCUCCGUUAAAUCGCCCCUCCAAAUAUAAGCCCCCCGGGGGCUUGUACUUGGAAAAUUGCCCUCAAAUACAAAUUAAAACAAAGCAAAAAUGGUAAAUUUACUUCAAACUUUAAGUCUAGCCCAAUCAAUUUUGAAACGCAAAUUUCCCUCCGUAGAUAAGCCCCUCCAAAAAUAAGCCCCUCAAAAAGGGCCUUUGAAAAAUAUAAGCCCUGGGGCUUAUUUUCGGAAUUUUACAGUAUUUGGGGACUUAUUUUCUGUUUUGAAAAUGUUUUUGAGCUUCAACUGUUCACUAGAUACCUUUCAGAAUCAACUCAGUGUGCAGCAGAAAUUCUGCAUAACCAAGUUUAAAACAUAAAUUUAUUGUUUAAAAUUGUGCACACUGCAACCAGACAUCAUUUAGUGAAUUAAAAUGUCAGUAUCACCCACAAUUAAGUAAAAGCUAAGAUGUAAGCUUUCAGUCCCAAGACAAGCUGCUCAGUGCUUUUUGUUAUUGAAACUAUUCAGACCCAGAACCUAAAAUGUGAGUAGUAAAAAAACUGACAGAUUUAUAAACAUUUUCCCCAAAUACUUUAGAAUAACUGUUGUUUUAAAUGUUUCACUUCAAUUUCUAUUUUAUUUUGUUUAACUCACAGACCCAUCAGCAGGGAAACAGCCCUCUAGCUCUAUGGCCAAUAAGAAGGAGUUACCAGGUACUAUUAUAUCCAAUAAAGCUGAAAUGGUACCAGACAUAGAGUAGAUAAAAACACUUAUUUUAAUAUGAAAAUGACUUUUAUUGUUUGUUGUAUUGUAAUAGAAAAUGAUCUUUAUUGUCGCAGUUGUUUAUAUUUAUUUCAGAAAUAAGUAGCAAAGAAGAAGUAUGAUGUGAUACUUCAAGCGUCAAAUUCUUCUUCUCAUUCAAUUUUUCUGUUAUAAUUUUGCCAAGGUAUUUUUAAUCUGCGUUAAUCCUUGAGGCCAGUUAUAAAAAAUAAGAAUUAUUUUUAGCACUCGACCACAAACUUCACUAACAGCUUUGGAGAGGUAGCCCUCUACUGGUGUCUCCUCCCUGAACCUCUCUUUGUGGGGUAACGCCCCUUUACACUUGCUUUACUGAUGCAGUCUUCAAAGAUAUUUACAUAUAAAUGUUACUCGGACAAGGUUGCGCAUCCCGCCAUAUUCAUAAUUUGUAAUUGCAAUAAUGAAUAAUUCUUUAUUUAGCUCAUGGUGAAAUUACAUUUUUAACUUUUUUCUAACUGAAAUUUGUGCCAGGUUAUAACUUUAUAAUAUAAGAGAAAUAAUAAAUGCGAGCUUGGAAGCUAAAUAAACUGUUAGAUUUUCUAGUUAGCUCCCCAUCCAUAUUAAAGUCAGUGUGUAAGCAGGUGAAAAAGAAGAAAAUAGAAGAGAUAAAUGAAUUAAUAAAUUAAAAUAAAUUAAUAAAUUAAAUUAAUAAAGUGCGUUCCUUCUACGUUUGACCAUAGUGUUUAUAUUGCUACACUAUAUUAUGGUGUUUUAGAGCCCUGAUAUAUACAUACACUGUUACUUGCAUUUCUGUUGGUGUAUAAUGAGUUGAGGAUAAUUUGUUUUUAAAUAUGGAAAUUUUAUUGAUAUUUGGUGAUCUGAUCAGUUUAUAUGAAUAAGGGCCUAUAUUUUUGUGCAUCAACUACCUCCCUUUAACUUUCCUCGCCUAUUAAGAUAUCAAGUCGUUAAUGAACAAUUCUUUAAAAAAAAAGGAACGUAAAAUUGUCUUUAACAGAUUCUCUCUGCCUCGAGGAGUUCCAGAAACAGCUGCGAUCAAUUUAUGAAGACAACAGCACAGUCAAAAUCGUUCCGUGGGACCAAAGCUCUGCCGUUCACAUUGACAAAGUUUACACCCAGUUGUCUUGGCUCAUGGAUUUGAAGGAUCCCAGCGGAGUAACACAGAAGGAGCUUGAACACUAUACCGACAUUUUUGACGGCGGAAGACUUCAUCAUUUGCCUAAGCGUAUUUUGGUUCACGGACGACCGGGUAUCGGCAAGACCGUUUUUACGCAGAAAGCUACAUUCGACUGGUCCCAGCACAGAUUUAAAGGAAAGUUAGGAAGAUUUGAUCUCGUACUUUUGGUCAAAUUACGCGAUGUUUGUAACCUCAACGAUCUCCCAGCCAUUCUGAGGGAUGCUAAUCUUCUUGCGAGUGAUGGCCCAAUUUCCACUGACAACCUGUACGAUUACGUUCGUCACCACCAACAAAAAGUGUUGCUUAUUUUGGACGGCUACGAUGAGUAUGUACACAGCGCAGCAAGCCAAUCACCUGUUCUUCAAAUCUGGGAGAAAAAGCAGUUGAGGAAUUGUUGUGUUAUUAUAACGUCUAGAGACAUGAAAGGAGAGGGAUUGAAAAGUUCCAGCGAUGCUCAAUUUGAGAUCGACGGUUUUGACCGUGAGCGACAAGAAGAGUUCGCCCGUAGAUUCUUGAAAGAUGAUCAAGAUAUUGAAGAGUUUUUUGAAUACUUGAAGCAAAAAGACCUGGAAGAUGUAGCAAAAAUACCUAUUUUGCUUUUAAUGUUGUUGUUGGUUUGGAAAGAAAAGGAUCGUGAAGGACUACCUUCAUCACGGGUGAUGGUGUACUUCAAGUUUCUACAGACUAUGUUUAAUCAUAUGUCUGAAAAACAAAAAACAGAGGCGGAAGAAGUUGAGAACCACAUUCAAGAACUCUGUAAAGUAGGAGAACUAGCAUUUGACUCGCUUCUACAAGAUUUCCUUUACUUUCCUCUCAGUAAACUGCCGGAUCGCGUUUUGACUGAGAAACUGAUCGAGGCCGGGUUGUUUCAGCUGCUAAACGUGUCCGCUCUUAACCCCAGCAAAGACGUUCACUUCAUUCACAAAUCCAUGCAGGAGUUUGUGGCUUCUUUAUUUCUAAAAGAAGAACUGUUAUCUCAAGAAAGUAAAAACAAUUCUCUUUUCAAAGUGGACUCAAUUGAAAAGAUCUUCAAGUUGAAUGAAGUUUUUAAAUUUGUUGCUGAAAUGUCAGAAGAAGCCGCGCGCGAGAUCUUGAUUCAUCUGUUGGAAAUGGCGGCGAAGGAAGACGGAGAGUACAGCUUCGACAACGAAGCACCGUCAGUCAGCGAUUUGUCAGAAACCCCCAAAAAUCUUUUAACUAUAUGUACACAGUUAUUCUUCUACUGCUCAGCAGACACGAGAACAGAACUUUUCCCCACUUUUCUUUCUAAUCUAGGAGGUGUUUUUUUAAUAAAUCCUGACCAGCUGAAUAUUGCAGCAAAGGAAAAUUUUGUUAAAACUACCGCUUCACUUAUGUACAUAUUUUUCUCUUAUAGCGACCAGUAUACAGAGCAAAGUUAUAAUAAUUUAAUAACUUUAGCAAAGCAAUUAAACGCUGUUAUAGUUAGUAGAACAGGAGAACAGAAAGCAUCAGAAUUUUUGAAUGUAUUUCCAUGGCGUAGUGUUGACGAGUUUUUUUUAAUGAAAGAAGAAAACAACACUCACCUUUAUUUUACUCAAAUUGUAAAAAAAACACAUCCUGACAUUCCUUUUCCUUUUAAAAUGGUAAAGACGUUAGUUAGUUUAGAAGAGACAACAAAGAAGACAAACAUGAAUGGUGAUGAGUCAAGUGAAGAGAGCAGCAGCAGCUGUUGUUCAAAGCGUCAUGGUGUCUCCAGGGUUCGGAGGAUUCAUGCUGUUGAUGUGAACAGGUCAGAUGUGGAACAGCUGAUUGAGAUCAUGCCGUUUGUGACCGCUCCACACGUGAUACUGGUUUGGGGUAAAUACGGUGAAGUGUUGGAUGCUGAGGUAACAGAGUCUCUACUGAGGAGCAUCCCAACAACACACAAACUGAAGAUAUUAACACUCGAGCGUAUCAAUGUAACAUCAUCACCUGCUGUGGAGUUCAUCAGCAGAGUAUUCAAACAAGGUCUUCCAAACUUGAAGUUGCUCAACAUGUCAUACAAUCCUCUUCUGGGUGCAGGAGUCGACAGCUUGAUAAAACAUCUCAGCUGCGCUCCUCACCUGAAGUAUCUGUACCUUCAUGAAGUGAAGAUGACUCCACAGCAGGUGAUGAAUCUCACAUCAGCUGUACAGCAGCACGGAAACAACACUACACUGAUGUCAUCCUACCACGUAAGUUUUCCAAUUUUAUCGCAAUUUGUUUCUUUAUUCUUUGUUUACAGUUUAUUUCUACUCAGCUCUUGCCUUUCGUCAUUUUCCUUUCUUUGUCAUUUUUAUACUCGACAAAACAAGAGAUUUGCUUUUGAAAUCAAAUCACAAACUUUAGCAGAUUCAAAGUAUCAUUUCAAAUUCAUUUUUUUCAACUGAUUAAACUAACUCCAUAAAAUGUUUUAACUGAGAACGUUAAAAAGAAGUAACUUUAGCUGAUAUUAAAACAUGGAGUUGAACACAAGAAGAGAAAUUUCGUGUCUUCAAGCAGCCAUAAGAUGAUAUUAUUGGGUGAAAACAAGAACUUUCAGCAAAACAAAAGCAAAUAAUUUCCACAGUAUUAAUUUCUGAAUCAAUUUUAAUUCAUACCUUUUCAUAAAGAAACAAACAACAAUCAUAAAAGCAAAUGAAAGAUGUUCAGUUCAUGUUCAAUUCAAACAAAUAAGCAAAGAGUAAACACAUUGAACUCACAGUUUCACAUUUAUCGUCCAGGGCUCCUAUAAAAUCAGUUUAAGUCAAGUGAAGUUCCUUUGAAAGUCCAGAAAACAGACAAGUCUUUUUUAUAGCUCUUCUUUUGUUAGUUCUUGAGCGUUUCUUGGUAAAUACUGCUCCUUGCAGUUCGGUGAAGCGUUGGUUUUUGAAGUAACAACCCGCACAAAAAAAUUCUAUCUCUGAAACAACGGUUGAAAGCAACACCAAAAAAAUUUCCUCACAGGUAAACACUUCGCUGUUCUCCACUGUAUAGCAUAAGUGUCCAUUGCAUGAUUUUCAUCGCGUAAAUCAUGCGUAAAUAGCAUAAGUUUGUUUUCAACCUUCCAAGAACACUCGCCAUACAAAUCAAAUCCUGCGGAGCUUUGGACUUUCGUAAAAUAUCCUUAUAAAUGAUGUUUCCUUUAGCUUCGAACAACUCCUUAGCAUAUUCCUGAGUAAAAAGAGAUAAAUCCCUGUCUUUUGCCGGUAUCAUUUCCUUGAUGUUUUCUUAUUAAAUUUUGAGCUCAUCCUGAACAGUUUGCCGUUGAAGAGCGAACUGAACAAACUACAAAAACAACAAACGAUGUCAUUCAAAGCCUAGUGACGUGGCGGCAGCUGAUUGGUUAAAUCACCUCGUAUGAUUUUUCACGUGAUGACAUUUUCCCGCCAUUGUUAAGUAACAAAUUCCCGCCCGCAAAAAAUACACUGUGAUCUGCGAAUUUUGUAAGGCAGAAUAUAUUUUCAAAAGAAAGGAAAAGGAUUUGCUAAUUUUGAUUUUGAUUCUAUUAUUUUGAAUGCGAAUUUCUUGUACGUGCGCCUUGAUAAAGAUGAUGUUUCUCUUUCCAAUCUCGCCGAGAGGGGAGAGGUACAGGGGGGUAAAUCUCCCUCCUCCCUAAACUUGGUUUAAAAAUUGGCGACGGGUAACACUCGUUUCUUGAAGUUAGUCGUAAAGGAAGUUUUUGACCUUCAGCGCUUCACCUCUACACCAACAUACCACACAAAGAAGGCGUAGCCACCGUGUGUCUGAUGCAGUGCUGUAUGUCACGCAACGCCGGAGAGAGAGGGUCCUCCCCCACAUCCCUUAUCAUCACGCAAAAAGCCAUAAAAUUACCUUUUCAUCGAUAUCUCCCUACUCGCAACAUUUCAUUUUCUUCUUCCUCCCUACAUUUUCGCCCCGAGUUCUCCCUCCUCCUUAUUCUGUUUCCCUUGCCUCCACCGAGAAGUCAUAAUCUUCGCUAGGAAAAAUUUAUCUCAGCAAAUAACUGUAAAGACGCUUAAAAAUAGUUUUUGUCAGUUGCUGUUAACUCAUUAACCUUGUGCUCGUAUAAUUUUUGACAUGGUGCCGGGUUCGAAUCCUGCUCAGUAGCCUUUCUUUCAGGGUCGGCCAGGGUUUUUGGGUAUAUGGUAUACAGAGGCUUUUUAAAUCGGGUAUACGGUAUAUUGCAGCUUAAAAACGGGUAUUCGGUAUGUCACUUUCUUUGAAUUUCAGGGAUAAAGUAUACCUGGGUAUAAUUUUGGGUAUAUUUGGAUGAUUUUUGGGUAUUUUGGCGAAUUUUUUUUGGGUAUACUGGUAUACCACUACCCCCGGCCGACUCUGUUCUUUUUUCGUGCUUUCUUUCUCUUUUGUUUUUUCGUUUUUGUUUUGUUUCCUUAUUUGUUUUGUUGUUGAUGUUUUUUAAAAAUAUACCUUCCAGAGCAAAGAUAGUAUAUUUAUUGGUAAACAAUCUGAAUUUCCAUCGUUUCCUACAUUCAUUCCUUUUUUAUUGCAAUAUAUUCUACAAUACUAAAACAGUAGCCACAUGCAAUCACAAACUGCCUUUUAUUAUACAGGCCAAGUUUUGACUGUUGAUCUUUUCUUACGGCACGCGAGGCUUGUUUUGAACUUAGUACAUCUUGUCAAAGUUAUUGUCGUAUAAACAACUGUCUUUCGUUGGUCAGUGUAAUUGCAUUUUACUUAAAAUGAAGGUUUUGAAAUGUGUACACAUCCACACUUUAUUAAAGGGAGAUGGGUGGUUUUAAGUAUUGUUUUGUAUUUUGUUGCAGGAUGAUAAAGGAAACCCCAAACCUGAACAUGAAUGGCCAUCAGAGAACUACUGGAAAAGAAUGUACCGUCACCUCUUUCCUGAUUCAUCACCUGAAUCAGCGCAUGAACAGGAGCAGGUUAGUCAUCACUCACCUAUUUUUGUGAAAGUUUAUUUAUUAAUAUUAGUAAGACUUUCAGUGUUUGUGUGAACAGUUCUAUUUUUCUAUCCGUCAGAGAUAUUCAAAUACGCUCAGGAGCCUUCAUUUGUAAGUCUCCAUUACGGAGGAUUUCCGAGUUGGUACUAAUGAGUUAGGUUUUAAUACAGUAAAAACCUGCGGGUAAGAACCUAGUGGCUUAAUAACCUGCUGGUAGAAAUCUCCUUCUUUAUUACCAACAAUAUUAGAACCAGGUUGGCCAAACGAGAUCAAGCAGGUUCUUAUCUGUGGGUUACAGUUAAAUUAAUAAGCUUAUUCAUCAUCUAAAAAAGAGAUUGAACAGGAACAGGUUUAGUCGCCAGCUUCGUUUAUUUAAGUUUAUCCAUCAGUCAUUUGAAACUCCGGCCCCCCGACCCCCGGGACUAAGCGGGGAAUUUAACAUUGGUUUAGUUUAAAACACCGCUAAUUUUCCUGCUCCCCGGGCCAAACAGUUUGGUAAAGACCCGUAUAGCAGGGAAUUAGUAAAGUGUAGUUCAAGGCUCUAUUUCAACCGCUCUGUCCGAUCUGGUAUUCUGUAUUUCUUAAAAUUCACACCAUCGGACCUGUUAAUAGAAACUCUCGAUUGCGUUCCUUCAAAUUCAUGAAAAAUGUUACUCUGGGUGCCAGGAAUUUUUUUCUUACCUAAUUCCUGAGAACGGACCUCUGGAGCCAGUGUAGAAAAAUGUGGUUAGAUCGCUUACAAAAAAGUAACUGUCUGUAUGGUAUACUUGUAAAGGCAAGGGAUCUUAAGCGAAAUCCGAGGUGGGGGGGGAUACUUCCUUCUAUAAGCCAUAUAGGUAUAGUCAACUCUCGCCUUGCGGACACCCCGAUAAUACAGACAUCAGCUAAAUUCCCCGGCAAAAACAAAUAACAGACGUUUGACUUGAAUAAACUCCCGCUAUUACGGACUCUCGCGAAUGAGGACACUAAUUUGAGGUCCCUACAGUGUCCGCUAUAAAUUAAAGGGCCGGCUGACUGUAAUUCUGACAUAAUUUGUGCCUAAAUGUCAGGUCUGAAAACGGGUGUGGAUUUUAGAGGUCAGGUCUGAAAAAAGGUGUGGAAAAUGACACUUUUUGGUCUGAAAUAGGGUCAGGAUUUGGAUAACUAGGCGGCACAUCCCCACCGAGAAUUACCCGGAGUACCCCUUGGGAAGCGAAACAGCUCUGUCUUUCUCCAAUUUUCUAAUCGUGAAAGUAAUGGGAGAGGAAUCGGGAAACUUAGAAAGCGCUUUUGGGAUUAAUUUAUAGUCGUUUACGUACGAGGUGAACAAAUGAGACUCAAAUGAGAUUUGUGAAGUCCUUGUAAGGCAACGCUCGACCAAUGUGUAGGACGUUCUAUACACUUUCUUUCUGUGUCUUGAGACCAGGGCAAGCUGUUUUGUGCCUUCCUGCCCUGUUUCUCUUAUGUUUUAAUAUUAUCGUUCUCUGCGGCAUCAUCUCUCUUCUGCCGCCAUACAAAACUUUGAGAAACGAGGCUUUUCCUUUAGUCACUCAUGUUAAAUCCCCGCUUCCGAAAAUUCGUAUUACUGUUUAAUCCCCGCCCAUGACAUGGGUAAAACAGGUAUUUUGUUAAUUCCCCCGCCACCGGAGCGAAUAUGUUAAAUCAUGUGCGUUAAAUCCCAGCAUAGGCCGCGUUAAAUCCCCGCUAUGCCGCUGCGGUCGGGGGGCCGGGGUUGCAGUUGACUAAUGCAUUAUUUACUUUAUUACAUCCACUUUGAAAUCACUGGCUAUCCGUGCAAUCUGAUUGGCUCUCAGCAGUGUGAUUUAUUCCUAAAUCGCACGAUAUUUUGCUCUAAAUCGCAUCUGUUCCAAAUCACGUCAUUCAUGUUCUAAAUCGCAUCAUUUCUGUUUUAAAUCGCACCAUUUUUGUUCUAUAUCGUAUCAUUUCUGUUUCGAAUACAAAAUGAGAUGUCAAAGCCUUUUUGUUUCGGCUUUUUAACAAACCGGCUACUCGACCAAUGAAAUAUUAGUACUGACUAAAUUCUGCGAUUUCAAAAUGGAUGUAAUAAAGUGGUAAUUGAACUUCGUGUCGUGCAAUUUUGGUCUGAAAUCAUACGUGUGAUUUCAAAUCGAACUCGCGCUGCGCGCUCGUUAGAUUUUGAAAUCACGCGUAUGAUUUCAGACCAAAUUGCACUCCACUCAGUUCAAUUACCAUUAUUUAUUUAUUUUUAUUUUUCUGUCCGUCAGAGAUAAUCAAUCGUUAAUUAGCGUCGUUCACUGAAUGGUAGUUAAUCUUGGCAGUUACGUUAAAAGGUUUUAAAUUGAGAACCCGUGCAUUAAGAAUAGUUUUAUUUUAUUGUUGCAGGCUAUUUUAAGAAAACUCUUGCUUUUACCUGAAUCACCUGAUCUCAUUUCUGAUUCAUCAUCUGAAUCAGAGAUGGAACUGAAACAGAUUAGUUAUCCACUUCUUCUAUUUAAGUUUAUUUACUUUAUCUUUGUUCUGUUUCAUCUAAGUUUUUAUUUCCCUUGAACUAAACUGAUUUCGGGUUCUGUUAAAAAUAAACUACAGAUAAAAAUUGGCUGCUGUUCUCUCGCAGGUCGCACUCAGUUGAUUUUAGGCCAAAAGUAGCCUGUUUCCCCACUAUCUGAAUGCUUGGAGCAGGCUAGCCAAAAGUGACUUUUGCCUCGGAAAAAACAGAUUCCCUUUUUUUAAGUUCGGUGUUUAGGGACGAUAUCUCUGACAUUUGUGCCAAGUAGACCCAUUGAUUUUUGAAAAAAGAGCUUUGUUUAACAGUUGAUUGAUCAACAAAGAAGUUAGAAGCAGACACCUUAUCUAUGAGGUAAAAAAGGAGUUCGUCUUGUUCUCGUAACUCCGAUGAAGUGAUCGAUAACCCGCCAUCUGGUAGUUCGGAUGGUUACAGUGUUUUGCAGCAAGUCCAGUCACUAAUAUAAGGGAUUCGCACCUUGUAAUUAUCUCACCUCUUUUGUUUAUAUUAAAUAAGUCAUUCACAUUACAAUCAUACAGGAACUGUGGCAGAUGCCGUCUCUAAAAUGUCUUACAACUGCAGGCGGAAAUCACGAAACAUAAAAAAUGAUUCUUCAUGUGUUCCAUCACGUGACGGCACACAGGAGUUAAAACUUGAAAAAGUUGGCCCAAUUUUUUCAAGUUGUAAUCCAAUUCCAUCCUGGCCUUCAAAAGACAAAGUCUUACACUUAUAGUCGAGGUAUAGUAGUACGUAAAGUCAUUUAAAAUAGAACUGAACCGUUAUUUCAGGGUUUUCUUUCAUUCCAAUGUCUGUUCGUUCUAAAAUAAGUACUCUAGUGGGCUUACAGUUGCAUAUGGAAGAUGGAUGGUGUUUACUAUAAAUGUAUGAUUUUUGCCAGAACGAGGGAGAAGUCACUGAAUCUGAAGAUGGAACGUCAUCAUAUGAAUCAGAGGAGGAUCAAGAACAGGUUGGUUGCUGAUAUUUUUUUAUAAAGGUUUUAUUUGAGCCGGGACUGUGCAAUAAUUAUUAGGAGAAGGAGGUUGUAAAAAGGAAGGGGCUUUGUCCAUUGCUUAUUCUUCAUUCACACCAACUAGACAUGUUUAAUUAAACUAGGUUUUGAAAAUGAAUUAAAAACGGCAAAAGUAAACUAGAACACAGGCUUUUACACAAAAUUCAAAUGAACUUUUACGCGUUACGUAAUAGCACUAAAUUUGCAAUCGAAAAAAUUACAGUAGGCAGCUUUUAUAAAGAUAUCAAAUGUAAACCGUGUUUAACUAAACACCUUUUAAACAUGUUUAAGCUUUAGUGUGAAUGGGGCAUUAGUCUAGCUCAAGUUAAGUACAAGUCAGAGUAAAAUAAAUUGUAUAAUACUGUACAACUAUGGGCAUGGUUAAAAUUGUAAAUAGCGCGCGUUAUAUACUUAGUAAACAACAAGACAGUAUUAAAAUCCAUAGGCGUACGGGCCGGGGGGGCGAGGGGGGCUGCAGCCCCCCCAAAUUUUGGGCAACUCAGAUUUUUUGGGCAGCAAGAGAAAAUUUGGGCAAAACCAGUUUUUUAAGACGUUUCCGUGUUUUUUAAAUCAUUAGUUUGAAGAAAAGAAUAUUUUCUAUUUUAACCUGAAGUUGGCGUAAUAAUCCAGUACUGUUACAUUCACACGAGACAGUGGUUGCCUAGCACGUAAUGAGUUUCUGGUUAUAAGGGAAGGGUAUCAUGUUCUGAUUUUUUUUUAUUGUUGGGCACUGUACUGCAAUGGGCUAUUUCCAGUCAUGAAUUGAUUAGAAUAAACUUCCGCCUAACUUUCUAGAAUCAUCUCCACUCGUAGAACAGUGUAUGGCAGAUAGCAUCAGCAAUGGGUCUGAAAGUGAAGAAGUGGCUGACUAAUUCUCAGUUUGAAUUACGCGAAGAAUCUUAAUUUUUAAAACAAAAAAAUCUAUCGAGUGGUUUAAAAAUUAUUCACUAAUUUGUUAAAGUAGACCGACAUGUUUACAAAACCGCUAAAGAGAGCGCCAUGAUACAUACUAAAUACUCAAAUCCUAUUUUGGCCAGAGCUAUCUCCAUGAUCUUUUACCCACGUUUUUAAAAAGAUUGAAACUACUAUGAGGUGAAAUUGCAUGUCAAAAGCGCUUCGUUUUCUACAGAUAACGGCCAAACAUCAAGAUUUUCCUUUUUUACCGUAUUUCUAACGAUAAAAACUUUAUCCCAAAAUAUCUCCACAACGCUCGUACAGAUUCCGUUUUAACUUCACGAACAUUGAGGCGUCUAUUGGAGGAAAAUGCUCCCGUGAACGAUUUUGGAAGAACAGUUCCCAGUGAGAAAUGUUGCUGCAAGUAUAAUAGGUAAUGGCGUCAUUUGGUUGCUAUGACAACUCCGAUGUUAUUGCAACCCGGAUCAUGACAAAUUUUCAUCUUUAUCUACUACAACUGUGGUGGCAAUUUUUCCAAAUGUUUGUUUAUGGUGUCGUAGUCUAUGCUCAAAAAAAACUUCACAGGUAUUGACCCUGAAAAACUGUAUCGAGCUACUUUCAUAUGCUAGUACAGCCUAUGUUGUUGCAUCGUAUGGCCCUCGUUUCUGUUCGACUGUUUUGUCAAAAUUUGGGCAACUUGCAAUAAUUUUUUGGGCAAAUGGUUUACCGUCCCCCUGGCAAAAAAUUGCCCGUACGCCUAUGUUAAAAUCCACGCGAAGUUGCAUACUACAAGAGUAAAAUAAGUUGUAUAAUACUGUACGACUAUGGGCCUGGUUAAAAUUGUAAAUAGCGCGCGUUAUUAUACUUAGCAAACAACAAGACAGUAUUAAAAUUCACGGGAAGUUGUAUCCUUAAUAUCAUAUCGGACAUCUGUUGAUAUUUAAACGGGGUAUAUGUCAUGGUAAGUUCCACGGUUUUUGGUCAAAGCUGUGUUGAAAUUUUAACCGAGUGUCCUCAAUCAUUUUUAUCCGGCUUGGAACUCUAAAAUACAUUGUGUCAAAUGGAAGAGUAAUUAUGAUCGGUUUUUGGACAUAUUUUGAUAACAAAAGGUUGUCCCGCUACCUCAACCGAUACAAGGAAGCAAAGCGUUUGCAGAAACCGUUUGCAGAUGUCAUUAGAAAGGCCGCACUUUCUUCUCGGUCAUUUAUAACGAAGGCCGUGAGUAUUGGUCCGGCCGGGGUUUGAACCCGCGACCUCCCGCUCAGCAGACCGGCGCUCUCCCAACUGAGCCAACCAGGCCUUGGCUAAGAUAGAGCAGUCUUACCAGCAAACUUUAGGAAACUUUUACUUAGGGUAAAAAAAGAAAAGAACUUAAGACUGACGUAAAAAAAAUAGCGAAUAACCGAGAUAAUGACUAUUAUACUUUGCUAAACCGGAGGAAAUCUGAGCGUAAUAACCAAUCAUCCAAGAUUUCUCUAAAAUAUCUAACAACGGCAGGCGGAAAUCACGAAACAUUAAAAAUGUUCAUGUGAUGUUCAGUCACGUGACGGCACACAAGAGUUAAACUUGAAAAAUUUGGCCCAGUUUUUUCAAGCUGCAAUCCGUUUCUUUCCUGGCCAUCGAAAGCCAAAGACACAGACAAUUAAUUAUAGUCGAGGUAUAGUAGUAGGUAAAGUCGUUUUAAAUAGAACUGAAGCACUAUUUCAGGGUUUUCUUUCCUUUCUUCCAAUGUGUGUUCGUUUUAAAAUGAGUACGCUAGUGGGCUUACAGUCACAUAUAGAAGAUGGAUGGUGUUUAGUAUCAUAAAAUGUAUGAUUUUUGCCAGAACGAUGGAGAUGUCAUUGAAACUGAAGAUGAAACGCCAUCGUAUGAAUCAGAGGAGGAUGAAGAACAGGUGGGUUACUGAUAUUUUUUAGAAAGGUUUUGUUUGAGCCGGGACUGUGCAAUAAUUAUCAGGAGAAGGAGGUUGUAAAAAGGAAGGGGCUUUGUCCAUUGCUUAUUCCCCAUUCACACCAACUAAGCAUGUUAAAUUAAACUAGGUUUUGAAACUGAAUGAAAAACAGCAAAAGUAAACAGGCUUUUCAACCGUGUUUAACUAAACACGGCAGAUCCCAUCUCUAAAAUGUCUGAAAACGGCAGGCGGAAAUCACGAAACGUAAAAAUGAUUGUUCAUGUAAUUUUUAACGACGUGACGGCAUACAGGAGUUAAACUUGAAAAAAGUUGGCCCUGUUUUCAAGUUGCAAUGCAUUUCCAUCCUGACCGGCAUUGAAAGCCAAAGACACGGACAAUUAUAGUCGAGGUAUAGUAAUACGUAAAGUCGUUUUAAAUAGAACUGAAGCAUUAUUUCAGGCUUUUCUUUCCUUCCAAUGUGUGUUUUCCCUGCCAGCAGAGGUCUCUUUUCCCUGGUAUUCAGCAGGCGCCAGGAAAAGAGCCCUCUGUUAGCAGGGAAAUGUGUAUUUAGGGUUUUGAAAUAAUUCCAAACUAUCGUGACAUUGCGUGCCUUUUAAUGGCGGUACAAAGAUGAUGAACCUUUCGUUUUUUCACUUUAUAGGAGAUACGAAACCAGACCGCCGAGUCCCAAGUCUUGUCCACUGAUGAGGUAAAGCUUUCCUACGACAUUGUUUUUAAACAGCGUUUAAGACAGAUCCUCGCUGAAAACAGAAUUUGUUAGUUGGGCUUCUACUUGCGCGAGGCUUUACGGCAUCUCCGUUUGUUAAUUGAUGUUGAUGACUUUCUGACGUGUUUUUUACUUAACAUUAAAAACUAAAUGCGAGGUGUCGUUUUCUGAUUUGUGACAGGACUUGCGAGGGAAAGCCUUCGUGGAAAAUUGUUGUAAAAGAUAGAUAAUUAGACCUCAACCCCUGUCUUGAAAUUUAAUGUCGAAGUUUUGUGCCGUUGAAUGUCGUUUCAUGAUUUAUUUUGAGGCAGGACGAGAAAGAGAACCUCAAACUUGAAGAUGUAGGAUCGUCCGCUGGAUCCGACGACCCUCAAGAAAAGUUGAGACAUCACAUUUUGUAGAAAUUAAAAAAGAUCUAUUCUUUGAAGCAUUUCACCACUAUAAUAAUAAAAAAGUUUUAAAAAAUUAUACGAAAUGGAUGGUAAAUAGUUUGACUGUGUGGUUUGUGGUAGAAAGAGGAAGGAAUCGCCGAAUCUGAAGAUGAAACGUCAUUACCAACAUCAGAGGAAAAUCAGCAGCAGGUGAGAUAA